AUUGUGAGUGCACCUGUUCAGAACAUCCAGAACACUCGUCCUGAGAAUUGAACAGAAGUUGGUAUAUAAAUGCGUAUAACUUUAGUAAUGCACCAGUUAUUGCAAUUGACCUGCCGUUGAUAACACUUCAAAUGGAUUACCUGUUGAAAGCGAUACUUUUUCUACUCCUACUGAGCUUCCACUGCACCGAUGGAUAUGUUAAUGGCCGCCACGAGAUAGUCAGAAGGGAGGUGAACGUGACAGAGGUGGAUGGCGGAUUGCGUGGAGCACUAACCAUGUUAUUCCAGCCCCUUGCUGAUCUUGCUGCCAAGUUAAAGUUGGAGAUACCCCUGAUUUCAAACUCCCGCACCAAAAACUUUAACUAAUGUAUUGCUUUAAUUGUGAAACAAGUGAUUCAAAAUGUUUUUAGCCUGUAUUAUUAAAUACGUUUAAAUCAGA